AUGAAUAAAAAAAGUAUUCAAAAACUUUUAAAAAAAGCUAAUCAAAUUAGUCAAUUAAAUUCACAAUAUAAUUCUAAAGAAAAAAUCGAUAUUUAUCAUGAAGUAGCACAAGCAUGUCGAUCUAUUGGUAACUAUGAUGAAGCAAUAAAAUACUACAAUCUUGCAUUAUAUGAAUCUCAAUUAGAUGAUUUACAUGAUGAUAUACUUUAUUGUUAUCGAUUUUUAGGUGAAUGUUAUUUAUAUAAAAAUGAAUUUUAUACAAGUGAAAGGUAUCAUUUAAAUUUUUUAUCAUUAGCAAAACAAUAUGAUAAUGAUGAACGUAUUGAACAAGCAUAUACAUGUUUAACAAAUACAUAUUGGAUAUGGUUAAGUUAUUUACAAGAUGAUAUACUUUAUGAUUGCGAACAUGAUCAACUUUCCCGUGAUUUAUGUAAACGAAGUUUAGAUGCAGCACAAAAUAGUUUAUUAAUUAUUAAAAAACUUAAUGAUAAAUUAGAAAAUGAUGUAAAAGAAAAACGUUUAAUUAUAAUAAAAGAUACUGAACAAAAACAACAAGAUUUAGCAUUAAGACGUGUUAGAAGUUAUAUAAAUAUUGCAAAUGCUAUGAGUGAAAAAUAUAUAAACGAUGGUAAAGAUAAUGCAAAUCUUCAAGCAUUUAGUCAAUAUAUUAAAAAUGCUAUAAAACUUUCAAAAAAGUAUAAUUUUUAUGAAGAAUUAGCACGUCUUCAUUCAUCUCUAUCAGGCUUUUAUCUUUUCUUACCAAAUUAUUUACAUAAAAAAAAGAAAUCAUUGCUACGAUGA